GAAAUUUUUUUCCUACCAAGCUGCUAAACCUUCAAACUUGGAAGUUCAGAACUUCAACUAGGGUUUUGGCAAGAUGAUCAUUCCGGUGCGCUGUUUCACCUGUGGCAAGGUCAUUGGAAACAAAUGGGAUGAAUAUCUUGAUCUUCUCCAAGCUGAUUACUCCGAAGGGGAUGCUCUUGAUGCACUGAAUUUGGUACGGUAUUGCUGUCGUAGAAUGCUGAUGACACAUGUUGACCUCAUUGAGAAGCUUCUCAACUACAACACAUUGGAGAAAUCUGAGGGCACUUGAAAUUUCCUGAAGUGAUGAGCUUAAGUAGCAAGUGUUUAUACCUAGAAUGUUUCUCCUUUUGUCUGUUUCCUCUUUCUAGUUGGAAGGAGGUAGUUACAAUGUUCCCAUAUGGAGUGAAGGCUUUCGAAUCUUGUAACUCGUUAAAAUAACAUUCCAAGAAAGCAGUAACCAGUAUUAUGUUGAACACAGUAGGUGUCUGUUCAAUUUUUACUGUGCACUUUUCCCUUUCUCUUCUCUAAUCCUUCAAUGUAAUAGAAAUUUUAUGAAAGGAAAAAACCCAUCCUUUUGGCAGCUUA